CCCAGCCUGCAGGCCCGGGGCAUCCGCCGGGUGCAGAUCCUGAGCCUCCGCCGCAGCCUCAGCUACGUGAUCCAGGGCAUGGCCAACAUCGAGAGCCUCAACCUGAGUGGCUGCUACAACCUCACCGACAACGGACUGGGCCACGCGUUUGUGCAGGAGAUCGGCUCCCUGCGCGCCCUGAACCUGAGCCUCUGCAAGCAGAUCACCGACAGCAGCCUGGGCCGCAUCGCCCAGUACCUCAAGGGCCUGGAGGUGCUGGAGCUGGGGGGCUGCAGCAACAUCACCAACACCGGCCUGCUGCUCAUCGCCUGGGGCCUGCAGCGCCUCAAGAGCCUUAAUCUUCGCAGCUGCCGCCACCUCUCGGAUGUGGGCAUCGGGCACCUGGCCGGCAUGACCCGCAGCGCGGCGGAGGGCUGCCUGGGCCUGGAGCAGCUCACGCUGCAGGACUGCCAGAAGCUCACCGACCUCUCUCUAAAGCACAUCUCCCGGGGUCUGACGGGCCUGAGGCUCCUCAACCUCAGCUUCUGCGGAGGAAUCUCCGACGCAGGCCUCCUGCACCUGUCGCACAUGGGCAGCCUUCGCAGCCUUAACCUGCGCUCCUGCGACAACAUCAGUGACACGGGCAUCAUGCAUCUGGCCAUGGGCAGCCUGCGCCUCUCAGGACUGGAUGUGUCCUUCUGUGACAAGGUGGGGGACCAGAGCCUGGCUUACAUAGCGCAGGGGCUGGACGGCCUCAAGUCUCUCUCCCUCUGCUCCUGCCAUAUCAGCGAUGAUGGCAUCAACCGCAUGGUGCGGCAGAUGCACGGGCUGCGCACGCUCAACAUAGGGCAGUGUGUGCGCAUCACCGACAAGGGCCUGGAGCUGAUUGCUGAGCACCUGAGCCAGCUCACUGGCAUAGACCUGUACGGCUGUACCCGAAUCACCAAGCGCGGCCUGGAGCGCAUCACACAGCUGCCCUGCCUCAAGGUACUCAACCUGGGACUCUGGCAGAUGACGGACAGUGAGAAGGUCAGAAUCCUCCACAGCAACAUUCGAGACCAUGGAGUUAAAAGAAACCCAGAGACCUUUAUCAAUUAAUUGUACUGUUUGUGAAUUUGUAUAAAUAAUAACAAAGAUCCUCUUAAAACGUUUAUAUUCUUACAGUAAAAGGUUAAACUGAUAUUUAUAUAAUAAAAGAGGAAAUAUGAAGUAUGUUUUUGAAAAAAAAAACACACAAAAAAAAACCCCUUGUAUCUGUGAAUUAUUUUGAAGGCAGUGUGUUUGGGUACAUGCCAAAGUCAGAGGUGCUGUUUGUGUGCUUUCAAGUAAAAGGAAAUAAGACAUAGACUUUGGUGUGUCCUAUGUGCUAUGAGUAAGCUCAUGGUUAAAAAUGUAUCUGUAAAGGUUUACUACUGACAUCUAAAUGUUUUGUUUUUAGAAAUAUGGUGAGAUUGGAGAUUUAUAUAAUUUGGUUUUCAACUGUCAACAAAAUGGAAAUUUACAGAAACUGAACAAAAUGAAACUUUUUUAAAAACCAGAUUUGUAAGAGUCACAGUUUCCUCAGAGUAGCCAAUUUUUCUUUGGGUGGAAAUUACAUCUAGGGGUGAUGUUCAAAAAACAGGUCGUGAGAUAUGGAAGUGGGGAAGAAAGAUGGGUUUCUUUACACUUUGAGUGGGUGUGGGGAGGAUGUGAAAUGGUGAAGGCUGAAGGGAACUGAAGCCAUUGUUCAGAAAAGUUAAAAGAGGGCUGUCCCUGCUUCCUCGCUCGCUGGCUCAGUCAUGCAUACUGAAUCUCAGUGUGAGUGAGGGUCCUAGGGAGAGGAGGAGGGCAGUCCCACCCCUCUUUUUAACAUUCUCCUCCAGGCCUGGCUGUAUUUGAGCACUUUGCUGGGGGAUGGGGAGGUUGGCCAGGAGUUCCUGCACAUUUGCAUUUUAAGCACUUCCAACGCUGAGGGUGAGGGUUCUUAAGACUGUAUUUAGGGGCAGAUAAAUGAAAACCAACAAUUUUAGCAAAGCGUUCCCUUUGAUAGACAAUAACUAAAUAAUCUGACAUUCUGUGGUUGGACUUUGGAGAUGGAAGAGUAUAAAUGCUGCUCAAACAGCGAGGUGAUUUAUAUUCCUGGUUCACAUAGAUCUUUCAUAGUUGUUUCUGAAAAAUUUUUUUAAACAGAAAGUACCGAUCCCAGCAACAGCUGAUAAGAGUGGUAUAAAACUUUCCUGGAUAAGCACCUCUUUCCAGGAAGAGAGCUAGAACCGGGUUUCUCUUGGAUAAGAUUGCUUUGUACAAUGUCCAAGCCUUCUGCUUGAGCAUAUCACAAAAGCUGCAUUGUUCCUUUUUGAAGAGCCUUCAUAAUUGGGUCUAAUUGAGCCUGACACUAAAUCCAUCUUCCUUUUCUUUGGGGAAGGUGUGGCUCUCUCCCCUUUUAGGUUACAGUACUCAGUGCCUGCAGGGGGGUGCCGGGGGAGUGUGAACCCUAGUCACAAGUAGGGAUUUUGAGUUGGGGUCAGUUUUCUAAUUUAGCAUUUGACACUACUAUACAUGAAUGUCACAUAAACUGUAGGUUCUUCGACUGUUUUUCUUUUUCCAAGAGACUGCAUGGCUGUACAGAUUGUCAGUAAAAAUGUGGGCACCUCCUAAGUCCUAGGCUCUGUGCUCACAGUCUUCAUUUUAAUACCCCAAAUAAUCCUACCAACUGUAACUGGGAGGGUUUUAUGCUUCUCUGUUUUGUUUGGUUUUUACUUUAAAGGUUAAAUACAAGCUUGACAAAAGGUUGGUAAAUUAAUAUUUGAAAGUUAAAGAUCCUGAGCCUAGUGUCUUCAUCCUGAGCUAGGCAUACUUAAUAUAUCUGCAGUGUCUCUGGAAAAGAUGAAUAAACCACUUUCAUCAGUCAA